AUGUGGAAGUGGGUGUAUCCGUACUUACAUCGCCAUCGUCUCAGCAUCCGCCGAAAGACACGGGUCGGUCAAAAGCUCAGCGGACACUGGCAGGAAAUCCGCAAUGAGUUUGUGGCAGCAGUCAACGAGCGCUUUGAGCCUGGAGGUACAUUGGAAGGCACACCACCCGCGCUUCGAGUUAAUAUGGACGAGACCGCAAUAUUUUUCGAGAUGACGGCGGACACUACGAUAAAUGAAGUCAAUGCGCGGACCGUCUCAAUUCGGGGUAGUGGCUCUAACUCCCGAAGGCUUACCGCUUGUGUGACGUGCGCUCAAAAUGGAACGAAGCUCCCCCUCUUUGUGGUGUUCAAAGCGAAGGCUGCAUCACAUCCAUCGUCGAUGCUGAUGCUGGACGAGUUUAAGUGCCACAUACAGCCCUCAUUUAUUCGGACUCUCAAUGACAUUGGGACAGAGCUGGAGAUAAUACCUGGUGGCUACACCUGCGUACUACAGCCAUGUGAUGUUGGCAUUAACAAGCCCGUGAAGCAUGGCAUUCGCAACCAGUACAAUGAUUGGGCAGUUCGCAAGAUGGAUGGACUACAAGGCGGUGUUAGAGAACCGGUUCCAGAGCGGGAAGACAUUAUUCGGUGGCUGGUAGCGUCGUGGGACGCGAUUUCCAGCGCUACUAUUGCCAAAACGUUUGCGUCGAUUGGAUACGCAGUGAAACCGAGUGUACCUGAGCCAAAUGCAUCGGAGCAAGUCAGCACAGCAGCCAACACAAGACGUUGA